AUGGCGCUGAAGCGAAUCAACAAGGAACUUACCGACCUGGGCCGUGACCCUCCCUCGUCAUGCUCCGCUGGUCCCGUUGGUGAGGAUUUGUUUCACUGGCAGGCCACAAUCAUGGGACCUAGUGACUCCCCAUACUCGGGCGGUGUCUUCUUCCUCGCAAUCCACUUCCCAACAGACUACCCUUUCAAGCCUCCCAAGGUCAACUUCACCACCCGCAUCUACCACCCCAACAUCAACAGCAAUGGAAGCAUCUGCUUGGACAUUCUGCGAGACCAGUGGUCCCCAGCCCUGACCAUCUCCAAAGUCCUGCUCUCUAUCUGCUCCAUGCUGACCGACCCCAACCCCGAUGACCCUCUUGUCCCCGAGAUCGCACACGUGUACAAGACGAACCGAUCUCAAUAUGAGUCGACUGCCAGGGAGUGGACCCGCAAGUACGCCAUCUAG